AAAAAUUCAAAAGCGCAACAUAUGUUCCCAUUCCGCAUGUGAUGCAUCACCACCUACACACCAAGCCUACUUUUGGCGAUGGUGUCAUUUGCACGCAACCAGAGCCGUUAUCGCACAUUUCCUUUGCAAACUUUUCAAAAGAAAAUCACUCCGAGCGGCAUCGUUACGAUUUGGAACCAAAUUGUCUUCCUUUAUUUACACUUUCUGACUGCUCUAACAGUAACCGAAAGGCUUCGGACUUGACCAGUCCAACAGAAGGUUCUACAUCAGAUGAAGACUCGUCACCCGACACAGACGGGAAAGGCGACAACAGUGAGUCAGAGGCAAGUAAAGACCAGCAAGAACUUCGAUGCUGCCUAAUGUGUGCUUGCUUCGAAUGUUGCGCUUGCUGUGAUGUGCCUAACUCUUACGAUGCAGUAUACUACGCCAUUCAGCGUCAAACCCAGCAAUGUCCUAAUGGGUGUCCAACUAUUGUGCCUAGACCAGAGGAAGAAGAAUGGACUAUGCCAAGUGGAUAUGGUAAAGAAUUUGCUUGCUCACCUUGCUGCGGUGAUCCUGGUUGCAUCAUUUGUUUGAAAUACGCUGACUGUCUACUUUGUCCUUUGCUUCCGUUAUGGGAUAUCUGCAAAGGAAUAGACCACGGUUACCGUCGAUUUCGCGUACAACUUAUCCUCGACCGUUAUGCCGAUUCCCACAAGAAAAGGUACAUUUCUUGCCUGUAACCUUUGAGGUCACUAUUCUCGGUGCAUAAAUGUUAGCUACCUUUCGCACAGUCUUCAUUAAAACCUGAAGGUCUAAGUGCAAACUAAGAAAGUUAGGCAGUGCCACUCGACACAAAUUUUGCAAACACUUAAAGCAUUGAAGACUGGUAGCUCAGGUUGUUUAGAUGGCGGUUGAACUGUUCGCUGAGCUUGUCAAUUUUGUUGCAGUUGCGUCAUCAGUCGAGGUGACAACAUCAUCAGUGCGUAGUUGAGUGGCAUGCAGCCGUGUAGAG